CUUCAAAAUAAAAAUUAUGUCUGUCGCAGAUAACUCCUACUUCGCGUUUAACCAAAACGAUUUUAUUGAUUUGGAUACAGCAUUAGUUGAAGAAGAAACAACCUCCCUUGGUAACAACUCUCAAAACAAUGACAUCGAUGGAAUGUUUCGGUUAAGUUUCAAAAACUACGAUGACACUGCCAUUCAGAAACUUCGAAACUCACUUAUAACGCCCAUGUCAACUUCUUCGAGUCCCAUUGAUCCCAUGUACAAGGCCAUGGAGAACAACACAUGGAGACUACCACCCUUAUACUCUCCCCGUAUUGGUAAUGAAUCUCCCAUAAGACCGAGGAUUGCCUUGUCACCUACUCCCUCCGCAGCCGAUAGUCUCGCCCACUUCAAUAAAAUUGUCUCAGAUAAUAAUUCAGUGGUAGACUUGGUUAAAAGUGAUCUUAAAGAAUUGAUGGGCUCUUACGAUAAUGAAACCAUGUCGAUUCGCGACUUCGCGACUCCUUCACCCCAAAUCAAUCAAGAGUCUUUCGUGUCAAGGAAUACAGCAUCGUCAUCCAAUGGCAAUACAAACAGACAGCAGAUCAUCACUUCAAGCCCAAUGGAAGAACACCCUCGUUAUCGAGGUACAUUAUUAUUUGAAUUGGCUUCGAAACAAACCGCUCCAUCCAAACAAAAGGAGAAUCCCACUACUAUUAUUAAUAAUACAGAACAUACUUCUUCUAGUGGAACCAAACAAAACACAGAUGCAUCAUCGUCACAUUGUCUUACCAAACAACCCACUAAUUAUGUCAGCCAUAUCCCACGACGCGUAUCGCAGUCAAAGUCCACCAGUAAAUACUCCCAGGAAUGGCUUCCGCCCAAUGUCAUCAAAAUGACAUCAACUAAUAACACUUCCAGAUAUCAAAAGCAACCACGUGAUUCACUUUUCAGUGGCAAAGAUAAUCUCGUCUCAACGCAAGGUAUUCAUGUAGCUCCCCGAAUGUCUCAACAACAUCCAUCUACUGAGAAUACCACCAAAAUUACAACCAGUCGGUAUUCACCAAAUCAUCUUCUUUAUGCCCAUGAUCAUCAUCGGGAUAAAAAGGAGGAACAAAAGAAGUUUGAGCCACGUCAUUCCGCCACCACCACCGCCACCACCACAAUGAAAGAGGCUACCAAGACUACCUCACAAGCUCGAGAUAAUACCAGUCGACGUCUUUGUACCAAAGAUAAACCCAAUAAGGAACACAAGCGUCAUGAAUCCGGUCACGCCAAUGAUGCAUCUAAACCAGUACCAUCAGCCCAAAAAAUCUCAGCCAUUACUAGCCAGUACACUCAACGACCAUCAGGUUCUCUCAUGGAGCACACCAAUCCAAGAAAGGUCACUCGCACUGCUUCUGGUCGUAUGGAUUCAACUGCUCCACGACAACACUCUACCAAAUCCAGCCGUACUUCUUUGGUACUUGACAACACCACGCAUGAUGUAAAUUCAAGCUCCCGCAUGCGUCGUACCACCAGUCUUAAUCAAAGAACAGCCAAGAUGGAAACCGAAAAAGAUCCACCACCUCCUGAUACAAAACAUCAUCGUAUCUCUGGAUCUAUACUCAAACAAAAGGUCAGCACUCAAGACAAAGGCAGUGCCCAUCUUUCUCGAAGAGUCUCUUUCCUUGAUGAACAAAAACCUCCUCGAAGGGUAUCUUUUGCUGAUGAUAACAGGGAGCCACCUAUGGACAAGCGAUCUUCUUACAAUGGUAAGGCCCCGGUCCGAGCCAAUCAACCACGUCGAUCUAGAUCUUUCUCAGCCAUACCAUCUGACGUGCAUCAACAUUCGUCUUUACCCGUCCCGUCCAGACGUACAAGAAACUCCAACCAAGCUAAAAACGAAACAACAGCUGUGACAGUCGGUUUCGAGGAUCAGAAAGCCAAUGAAAAUUAUGCAUGUAGUGUUUAUCAACACACCUCUCAUAGUAGUAUGACAGACGGCGGUUCUAGUUCCAGCUCAUCUUAUUCAGAGGAUUACGAUAACGGACCCGCCACUCCACCUUCUCGUCACUCCUACUUGUCAGAGAAUGGGCCAUAUCGUCAUCCUACCACAACAACAAAAAAGUCUGCCACAAAGACUGCUCUUCAAUCUGUAUCGGAUGUACUCGAACAAGUUAAGCAAAGAAGAGCAAGAACAGCCGCUAUCCUCAAAGGUAUUUAUAAUUAAGUGUCUGUCUUUUUUUUAAAAAAAAAAGUUGUCCCUUUCCCCCAGCAUCCAUUAUAAAUUCACAGUCAUGAAUAAAAUCAAUCGUAGUAUUUGUAUAA